AUGGAUAUCAACAUGGACAUUGACAUGCAUUUGAGAAAAAGCGAAGUCAACAUGCCACAGCAACCUGUCGUCAUUGAUGUCAAAAGUAGCCAGAUCGAAAACGCCUCGUAUAAACCCGCCGUUGCAGCAGACAUUGGCGACAGGGCGAUUCAACUGAGCAAUGCAGAGUUGGCUAAGGAAACAUCGCAAUUGGAACCGAACGAAGCAAGCAAGAGGCCCAGACGGAUCGCCCCUCGCAAGAGAUUGCCCAAGCCCGGAAGCUACCCAGAUGACUUCUCGCCCUUCAGGAUGACAUCCGGUGACGGCAUGGUCGUCAGCCUCUCUUACCUAGAGAUCAAACGCGACCUGCAGACCAUCAACGAGCAGUGUCGCGACAUGUUCCAGUCCGUCUACUACGCUGAGGUGGGUUGCGAGGACAUGGAGCAGAGCAGCAAGGGCUCGAAGCCCUGUGCGCUAUCGCCAGUGCGAGUACAAUCAAUCAUCGCUGCAAGAAGAAGCAGAGGGCCGUGCAUGAAGCAGCCGACCUCUAGAGCGGAGGAGACACGGAUGAUCAUGGCAGCGGUCAGGGCUUCGUUGCAGGAGAUCAGAAGCAGGCAGCAGGAGGACAAUAUAAGUGAUGAAGAGAAGAGUGCUAUCAUGCAUAUGAGGGCGAGCAAGCGACCGAAAGUAGAAGACAAAUUCCCCGGCAACAAAGUUGCUAGUCAAUGGAUGGAUACUUGCAGCUCGAUCGUGAUUUAA